UGACAGCGCUCAGAUCCAUCAUGGCGGCGGAGGAGCUGCCCUCGGAGGUGGACGUGGUGAUCGUGGGCACAGGCCUGUGUGAGGCGGUGGUGGCGGCCGCCUGCUCCAGAGUGGGACAGAGAGUUCUACACUUGGACAGGAGGAGUUAUUACGCUGGGGAUUGGGCGAGCUUCACGUUUCCUGGGCUCCUGUCGUGGAUCCAGGAGCAGCAGGCGGAGCCAGAGCCAGAGCAGCCCGCUGAUUGGUCGUCUCUGCUGCAGGAGGGGGAGGAGCUUGUUCAUCUGAACCAAUCGUAUUCAUCCAUCAGUAACUUGCAGGUGCACUGCUACGUCAGUGAAGAAGAGGAACCACCGUCUACAGAGAAAACUGAAGAAGAGACAGGUGCCUCAGGUUCAGAAGGAACCCAGGACCAGGUCCCAGAGAGUCAAUCAGAGCCCUGCACUGAGACUGAGGGCCAAUCAGAGCCCUGCGAUGAGACUGAGGGCCAAUCAGAGCCCUGCGAUGAGACUGAGGGCCAAUCAGAGCCCUGCGGUGAGACUGAGGGCCAAUCAGAGUCCUGCACUGAGACUGAGGGCCAAUCAGAGCCCUGCGGUGAGACCAACACCCAAUCGGAAACUGGCAAUGAGACUGAGGGCCAAUCAGAACAGAGGAGGUUGACACUGCCAGAUUUAGUGAGAGAAGGACGUCGCUUUAACAUCGACCUGGUGUCAAAGUUGCUGUUUUCUCGUGGCUCAUUGGUCAAUCUGCUCAUCCAAUCAAACGUCAGUCGCUAUGCAGAGUUCAAGAACGUGAGCCGCAUCCUCACCAUCCUCAACGGCAACGUCACCCAGGUCCCGUGCAGCAGAGCAGAUGUCUUUUCCAGCCGACAGCUCUCUGUCGUCGAUAAGAGGAAGUUAAUGAAAUUCCUCACUUCCUGUUUGGACGAGAAUGACCCACCUACAGAGUUUGUGGGACGCUCGUACAUGGACUUCCUGGAGCAGCAGUCAUUGGGGGCGGAGCUGCGUCAUUUCCUGUUUUACUCCAUCGCCGGGGCGACGGAGGACACACCCACGGAGGCGGGGCUGGCCUCCACACGCCACUUUCUACGCUGUCUCGGUCGCUACGGCAACACACCCUUCCUGUUUCCUGUCUACGGCCUCGGAGAGAUCCCACAGUGUUUCUGCAGGAUGUGCGCGGUGUUCGGGGGAAUUUACUGCCUCAGACACUCGGUCCAGAGUCUGGUCCUGCACAGAGACUCCAACAGGUGUGUAGCUGUGAUUGACAGUCGGGGUCAGAGGAUCAGCUGUUGUCACUGUGUCCUGGAGUCUGGACUUUGGGACCCUCCUCAGACCGAGACCAGGACCAGGACCAGGUCCAGUUUGACGUCCAGAGCCGUCCUCAUCACCGACCGAUCCAUCCUCCCCUCAGACUCAGAACUAAACCAGGUGUCUCUGGUCUCUGUUCCGUCUCUGGGGUCUGGAUUUCCUUCAGUCCGAAUAGUUGAGCUCAGCCCCUCGACCAUGACCUGCAUCAACGGCACCUACCUGGUGCACCUCACCUGUGCGUCCACAGGCUCCGCCCACCAUGACCUGUUUCCUGUGGUAACCAGUCUCUUCAGGACCCCCGAGUCACCUGACCACAGUGGCCCGUCCGUUCUCUGGAGUCUGUACUUCAACAUGGCGGCAUCCUCAGAGGUCGAAGGUCAAGAGCUGCCAAUCAACGUCCACAUGGGCUCCGCCCCUGACUCCGCCCUCGGUCAUGACGUCACCAUCGCUCAGGCUGAGAAAAUUUUCCAGAAAAUUGUUCCAGACGAAGAGUUCUGUCCUCCAGCUCCAAACCCCGAAGACAUCAUCUACGACCUGGAGAGCGGGGGACCGGAGGGCGGGGGACCGGAGGGCGGGGGACCGGAGGGCGGGGGACCGGAGGGCGGGGGACCGGAGGGCGGGGGACCGGAGGGCGCGGGGCCGGAGAGCGGGGGACCGGAGAGCGGGGGACCGGAGAGCGGGGGACCGGAGAGCGGGGGACCGGAGAGCGGGGGACCGGAGAGCGGGGGACCGGAGAGCGGGGGACCGGAGGGCGCGGGACCGGAGGGCGCGGGACCGGACAAUAAUCCGUAA